AAAGAGAGUAUUGAAAUUGAAAAGUGAAAACUCCGCGCGCUCUCUUUGCCUCAUUUCAAUUUUUGAAUGGAAUCCGAAGACGACGAAUGGGAACUUUGCUACGACGACGGCUUCGUCUACAAACGCAAGCGCCGUCGACUCAAUCCUCCACCGCCGGAACCCUCAUCGGAGCCGGAUCAGGAAGCUGCCGACAAAUUACGAAAACAACGGAAGAAACGGACUCUAUUGAAGCUUAAAUCAAAGUACCAAAACGAAAUUGUUCAGUGGGAAAAUUUGUCGAACACCUUGCGUUCAUUGCAUAUUUCUUCUUCAACUCAGCUUCAACAACAACGACAACUAGAGCAAACCCUAUCUCUUCCUUCUACUUCUUCAUCCUCCCAUUCAUCUCUCCUCGAUGAUCUUCUCUUCCAGGUGGAAGCUCAGGAAGCAAUCAUUCACAAUAUUUCAAAUUUAUGCGAUGUAGCAGAAGGAAUGUGCUUUAAACAAGAACAACAAUUUAAACAAUCUUUGUUUGAUCUACCAAUCUGGAUUUCACCACUUGAACUCAUGCAAGUUUUAUGCUAUGAUGAUUGAAACAAGUUCUAUUGUGUAUCAUUCUAUUUCUAUUGGUAAUGAAUGUCAAGUUGAAAGGAUGCUCAACACCAUUCAAUAACCAAUUACAUUAAUUGUAACUCAUUAAAUGCAGUGAUGUCAAGUAGAUUAGACCUUUGGCAGAUUGGUAAAUACUAAAUAGUUUUAGAUUAUCAUUGAUUGAUUGUAUUUAAAAGCAUCCAACUUUUAGCUGGAGCCAUGCAAUUUUAAGUAGCUUAUGAUGAAUGUAAAGAUUGAGAAGGUAGUUCUGUAGGUCUGUAUGUUUUUUCUUUUACUCAAUAGUUGUGUGUUCGAAGCUCUUCAAUUUAUUACUCUUACUAUUGUGUGGU